AGAAGCCACUUUGUGAAGGUCAUUGCUUCAUCUCAGUAACAAAGCACUUCCACAUGGAUGAAACAAGAAAUGUAGUGUUGAAACUUUUGUGUAGAUGACAGCCCCUCCUCCUUUAAGGAGGGAAAAAAUCUUCAGCAGUCUGACUCGACUCCUGCAAGAAGUGGGGGAGCAGCCGAGGAAAAACACCUCAAUCACCUUUUCUUAGAAUAUAUGGAAGAGAGUUCAUCCAGAUCCCUCUGAAGCGCUUUUGAAGUGGAGACACGGUAUUUUUAUGAGGCUGAAGGCUAAAAAGAGAGAACUAAUGACCACAUUUGAAAAGUGAUUUCUGUGGAGCAGUUGGUGAUGUAAGAGGUCGUUGAGAAGAAGUAAAAGCGGUGAUGAAUGAACCCUCCACGGCGCAUGGAGAGGCAUACGAGCCUAUUCUGCAGGGAUUAUGGGAGUAUGUGAGAGCAGGUCAGGAGGAGAUCCUGCUCUCUCCUUACCUGCCUGCGUCCUGCGCCUUCUUCAUCCAUGUGCUCCUCAGCACACCUUUCCUCGCGCUGGACGCGCUGGGCAGCGUCAGUCAGCGGGUUCGGUCGUGGAGAAUCGCUGCGGGCUCGGGUCCGCGUCCAUCCCUCCGUGAGUGGGUCGAUUGCUUCUGGAGGGUGCUGUACAGAUACCUGACCGCUGUCCUCCCCACCACCGCCGUGUUUCAGACCCUGAGGAGCCCCACGCUACCAGAGCUGGCCCCGUCCUGCUGGCAGCUGUUUGUGGAGGUCGUUGCGUGCUUCCUGCUGUUUGACACCCUCUUCUUCAUGUGGCACUUCUCUCUGCACAGGGUUCCUUGGCUCUACCGAAACGUCCACCAGCUGCACCACCAGCACCACACACCCUUCGCUCUGGCUGCUCAGGACAGCAGCUCGGCCGAGCUGCUGUCUCUGCUGCUGCUGGCUCUGAGCAGCGCCUGGGUGCUGGGCUGUCACCCUCUGAGCGAGGCUUUUUUCCAUCUCAUCAACAGCUGGCUGGCAGUGGAGGACCACUGUGGCUACAACCUGCCAUGGUCUCUGCACAGACUGCUGCCCUGUCUGGGAGGAGCCCCCCACCACCAGGCCCACCAUAGAUUCCACAGUGGCAACUACGCUCCCUACUUCACUCACUGGGACCACCUCUUUGGCACAUACCGGUCAUCAGGGCUGUCUUAGCAUCAGAGUUUUAAACUGUUUGGCAUUGAAGGUUAUAUAUUACAACCUUUGUAGAACAGUUUGCAGUGCUGACAGUGCUACGAUUGUACUCUCAUUCACAGCUGUUCUGCAAGCAAGUGAAUGCAGCAUGAGAUGAAGGCACAGUUAUUCAAAACAGAUCAAGACAAGGGAACACUUAAGCCCUCUGAACUAAUCUGAAACUCAUUUGCUUGCUUUCUACAUUGGUGUAAGGUACAGUAUACGGAUGAAAGUAUUCAGCCACAUCUGUUAAUCAUUGAGUUCGGGUGUUCCAGUCAGACACCUUAUCUCCAGUGAAGGCAGCUCUUAAUGCUUCAGCAUACCAAGACAUUUUGGACAAUGCCAUGUUUCUAACUUUGUGGCAUCGGUUUGUUGGAAGCACUUUUCUAGUCCAAUAUGACUGUGCCCUGGUGGACAAAGCACGGACUAUAAAGACCUGCUUUGAUGAGCUCGGUUUGGAAGAACUGGACUGGCCCACAUAGAGCCAUGACCUCAACCCCACAAGCACUUUUGAGAUGAAUUGGAACGGAGAUUGUGGGCUAAUCCUUCUCGUCUAACAUCAGUGCCUAACCUCAUAAAUAUUCCACAGAAUGAGUGGGCACACAUUCCCACAGAAACCUACAAUAUCUUGUGGAAAGCCUCCCAAGAAGAGUGGAAGCUGUUAUUGUUGCAAAAGGGGACCAACUCCAUAUUAAAGUAUGUGUUUGAAUACAAUGUCUGUUAGUUCCUGUUGUCGGAAUGGUCAGGAUAAAAUAUGACAUUUAUUUGAAAAUGCAUUUGAUAUGUUUGAAGAAAAGAUAAAUUGCUAACUGUAUUGCUAACUUUUUUUAACACUACUAGAGGGGAAUAAUACAACAUUUGAGAAAAAUGUUUUUUAGUUGUUGCGGAAUGCCACAAUGAAAGAUCGAUGCACCUCUCAAAUCAGAAGCUACAAGCAUGUCGGUCUGAAAAUUAAAGAAAUUCAAAGGACUCAUGACUUUAUGUCAACUAGCUGACAUAUACAUGAGAUCAGUCAUCCGAGUCUGGGUCAAGGUUACGCUAAGGUCUUGGCAAUACCAGCAGUAUUUUCCUCCUUUGACAUACAAGGACAAGAACAUAGUUGUGAGUUCUAGUCUAUGUGCAGGAAUGAGAACUUUGUCCACUGCCAAGAAUAGCAAAACUGAUCCCACUAAACACCUAACUAAAUAAGAUCUUUCUACCACCUUAGUUGCCAGAGACAGAAAUACCUGCGACCAAGGUGCAGCCAAAGAUGGCUCAGCAGACCACCAAGGAGGAGCUACUCCAUCCAAACAGCCAAGCUUGAUAUGAAAUUAUCACCAGCUCCAAAAACUGUAAGCCAGGUAGAACUAAACAGACUGAUUGUAAGGUAUGUUGUUGAAGACAUACUUCCCAUAUCAGCUGUUGAGUAUGCUGCUUCGAGAGAGCUAAUUAUCAAAUACAGAGAGACGAGAGGCAGGGUGCAUUUAUGAGAGCAAAAAGAAGUGAUGCUAAAGUUGCUUCCCUGAGUAUGUAAUUACUUUAAAUGCAGUAAUUUAGUGAAUCACUCACUUUUUGAUAGCAGGAACUAUUAAUUGUAACUAGUUUAUGCAGUCUGAACUUGAGAGUGUACUACCAUGCUCUUCAGUUUUCGGUCUCUCCAUGGCAUUCUGUAUCAUUAGUUAGUUGCAAAACAGGCCUCGUUCCAGCCGGUCAAAAAUAUGGCUGGGCUGGUACACACUUUUGGUGAGCAAAAAAAAAGCCUGGAGGUUACAGAAUGGUGAUGUAUUUUUUUGUAUAUAUUUAUUGUAUAUAUUUUUUUUGUAUAACUCCUGGUAGCCACAGUGUUGGUUCAAUAAACAUGGUGAGGCACAGGUAAUGGGAGGGGGGUCUGGGGGAACUUAUGAGGAUCUAACACAUAGUUCCCUGCUUUGUGGUACACACAUUCCCACAGAAACCUACAAUAUCUUGUGGAAAGCCUCCCAAGAUGUUGUACAUAUUUUUACAACAUUUUUAAGUUUAAUUAUUUAGAAGGAAAACAACAUUUGUAAUACUUUACUUACAAAAUGCAUGAUAUUCCCUGCAUGAAGUUCACCUUCUGGUAAGACUUCAUCUGUAAUUUUUCACACACUCAUUUUAAAAGUGAGUAUUUUACACAUAAUGAAAUGAUAGAACUGUGUUCACUGAUUUAACAUUUAAAUUAAAUAAAGACUUUUCAGAUUAACCUCCUAACGCCAAUAAUAGGGUUAAAUUUCCAAUAGGUCACUUUAUCACAUGUUCCCCUUUGGAUGGACAUCUUGGAGGCACUUUGUUACAUUUUAUCCUGAAGGUCAUCCAAAGGGCACUUUAUCAUGAUUGAGCCACUAGAAGGUCACAUACAAGGGCCAUUUAUUAUGUCUUCCACUGAAAAGGCACCAGAGAGGGCAUUUGGUAAAGUUGUGCCAACUAUAAGAGGUAUCCAUGAGGGCAGUUUAUGAACUUUUAAAUUAAGUAUUUCACAAAAUGUCAAACUAUUGGUUUCAUAUGACAAAAUAUUGUGAUAAUGGUGGUUUGUUUAUUAUUACAUAUAAAGUAUGGUGCAGUAAAACUACAUUUUUAAUGGACCUGUCUACACUGCAAUAACAGUGUGAAUACGUAAUGUGAGCACUCCUCCUCCUUGAGCUAAAGCUGAUGUGUAAUUGGUGCCAUAUCUUCUCGAUGAGUGUUUGUAAAGACUGUUAUACUCAGUGCCUUAUUUGGCCUUUCUCACACAAAGUUUUUAAAUGAACCCCACCGUCUCCACACGAGGUCUUACAGAUUGUUUGUUGUGCUGCUGAGGUUAGUGAUCUGUUUGCCCCAGGCGUCUCAGCCGUCCUUGUUUUCCACAAACGGGGUCCUCAGGGAUCUGACCCAACAAUCAGAGCCACGUGUUUUCAAAGAGGAGAACGCUUCCAGUCACUAUUUGCAGUUGUUACCUUUUGACUGUUAUUUUUUUCACUAAAUAGUCAUCAAUAUGUAUGUGAUCCAGUGAACCCAGCAUCCUGUGGUCUCACUCAUUAUUUUCUACAGGAGCCAGCUGGGUUUGUGCCGCAGGAUCUGCACUGAUCCUCUUUUCACAUGAAGGUUGUCUAGGAAAGAGCUGGAGAUUGCUCAAGCUUCCUACACUUCAUUACACAGAUAAGUUGCCUAACGCCUAAUGACUCAUUGUAGGGAAUCAAAUGGCGUUCUUGGGAGAUAACAGAUUUAAUAUGAUUGAAGAGAUGGUUUGUUGACUUGAGCAUGAUUUAAACUUGUGACAGAAAAAUGUAAACCAUAUUUCUUCGUAUGUCUAAUAAAGGUUUAACAGCUCUUUUGGUCUGGACUUUCGCUGAGCUAAUUUUGCUGAGGAAUUAGGGUACUAUUACUUGGCCCUCAUGAGCAUGUGAACUACUCCAAACAUCUGCUCCUCAUUGCAGCUCUUUAAAUGGGCUUUUUGAAAUUUCGCAAUAUCUGAAUCAAUAAAAGAUUUGUCAAAGGUG